CUCCCAUUCUCUUCGCUCCCGCGAGUCCGAUUAGAGCAAAAAAUAAGAAUAAAAGAUUGAAGAAGAGAGAGAAGAGUUUUGAUCCCAUUCUAUCCACUCCCCGCCCACCUCCAUCGCCGAAAUUUUUUCGAAGAGGGUAUUUCGGGAAUUCUCUUCUCCCUCCUCUCCCUCUCUUCUAGUGUCCACCAUGAGGGGCGAGGACGAGCCAUCGUGGGUUCUCUACGAUCUCUGCUCCUUCCUCCUCUCCGUCCUCCGAUCCCCCACCUCGCCGCCCUGGAGAUGCCGCCGCCGCCGGCCCGGCCGGGGAGGUGAUUGUGCUCUGUCUCGCUGGGAUUGUCUCCAAUCUCUCAGGGUCAGGGUUGGGGCGCGCGACCUUUGCCUCGGCGUCCCCGCGGCGACUACAGCGUCAUUCAACGAGGUCCCAGAUCGGAUCCUGCGGAUGUCUGGGAUUGCUAUCAAAGCCAUGCAAGCGCUCGGCUUCUGCUGGUAUCCACAUGAAGAUGUCUUGAUCAGAACUCUAUAGCCCUCAGGGUGCUAGCUCCUUUAUAGGCUUCGUUCUUCGGCUUGGAUCAGAGCCUUUUACUUUAUAUCACUUGAAGCAGACCUGUUGCAGGUUUCUGGGGAUUGAACCAAACACCAAAACUAAUCAAGAACUCCUUUUUGAUUAUUUUUCUCUCUCUCUAAGGCCUCCUUUCUCGCAGAUCAAAUCUAGAAGAGGAAGAACUGGGGUGUGGAAAGGAGGGAACAAGAAAAGUUG